AUGGGUGGGAAGCUUGUGAGAGUUUCAACCUACAGGUGCUGCCAAUUGAAUGGUCUUAGGGACUAUUGGGCCUCUAAUGUGUGCUGCAAGGAAGUUUGGGUGGCAAGAAGGAAGCUUUACGGAUUUGAGGUGAAAGUUGUAGUGAGUCGUGGAUUUGAGGUGCCGACGAUGAUUUGGGUGGUGUCAACUACGGUUAAGUGGAGUGAGCUGUGGUGGGGGAUGACGAGUAAUUUGUAUCCAGUUAAUUUGAGGAUCCCGAACAAAUUUGUCGAAAAAUAUGGAAAUGAACUCUCUGGCGUUAUCAAACUUACUGAUCCUAUUGACAGCACUUGGUGUGUGAGGUUGGUAAAGGUGGAAACGACACUUUGGCUUCAUGAUGGCUGGGAAAAGUUUGUCGAGGAUCACUCUAUCGGUUAUGGCUAUUUUUUACUCUUCAAAUACAAAGGGAAUUCUUGCUUCAAUGUGCAUAUAUUUGACUUGACGGCCACUGAAGUUGACUAUCUUGAUAAUAAUCGUAAUUUUAAAGGAACCAAUCAUGAUACACGGAACAUUUCUUAUAAACGAGAUAUUUCUUCUUCAAGAAAUGAAGGUGGAUUCAAUGCAACACGUGGUAGAACCCAUGGAGUCAAAAGAGGUUACAGUGAUGCAACUGAGACCUCAAAAUCUCUCCGUUUCUAUCGAACACGAAGCAAAUGUAAAAUAGAAGAUGGAAGACUGGAAAUUAAAAAAGAGAAUUUGAAUAUACCAAGAAGCUUUUCGCCUAAAAAUCCCUCAUUUACAGUUGUUUUGAAACCUUACCAUCUGUUAAAAUAUACGUUGUACGUGCCAGCCGCAUUUGCUGAGCAUCUUGCAAGCAAGUCAGGGUACAUUGAACUUUGUGAUUCUAACGGCAAGAAGUGGCUGGUCCGUUUCACUAGAAACAUAAAGCCUAACGAGAACAAUUUAAGCAGCGGAUGGGCGACAGUUUUAAAGGAAAAAAGUCUCAAAGUGGGAGAUACAUGUGUAUUUGAACUGAUUGACAUCAAUAAACUCAUGCUAAAGGUUGAUGACCUCAACCAACUAUUUGUGCUUAAGUUUUUCAAUCAUGUUUAUGUCAACUGCAAUAUUUGA